AACUAGGUAACGGAACUUUCCUCUGUACCUGGCGGGGAGCGUGCUUGAGGUUCGCCCUGGUGGUCUCGAUACAGGCUAGUUUUUCGGAGCACCACAGCCACGGUGGGCCAGAAUGGAUGGAUUCAGCGGCGCCUGAUAGGCUGCUGCAACCUGGUCGAGACUUCAGCCGUUCACGUUCCGGUUCCAAGUUGUCUUGCCAAGUUGUCCUGCCAUCGCUCACUUGUUCUGGGGUGUUGUCCGCUGGCGAGAGGCCAGGCCACUCGUUCUCGAGUUUGUUUUGCUUUCCAUCGUCGCUCGUAUUUUUUUUUGUCGUUGUCUGUCUGAAGAUUGUUAUGUUCGAGAUUAAACGUCUGCCGCUGCUCGAUCACGCCCUGCUCAUGCGCCCUCCGCUGAAUCGCUCGCCUCUGGAGGGUUCCCCUUGUGCCUGGGACACUAGCCGUUUUGCCCUUCCUCCGCGGGCAUGGAGGGAAGAAGCCAGCAGAACUCUGCCGCCGCGUUACGAGAUCAGCUUGACAGCAUUGAACUGCAGCCCCAUGCCUCGACCUCGCACUCAAGCGCUGGCGUAACGAGACGAGACACUCAAGCAGACCAGCCCUCGUUAGGGCAUGCUGGGAUGCUGAGAAGCUCCCCGUCUGCCCACGACGGCGCUCGAUUCGAUGGCGACGACGAUACCAGAAAUUCUGGCUCUCGACGGCCGCGACCGGCCCUAAAAGUCAGGACUGCUGAACUCUACACGAUCAAGUCCCAAACGCCAGUGCCACCGUCGCAGGAAGUCGGGCAGGACCGCCAUCAUGGGCCUUCACCUGUUGCCGGAGGCCAGCCUCCGGAGCGCAGUCGCAUUGACGAGCCGCGAGUUUCCCUGACCCUUCCUCGCCAAACCUUCUACAGGUUGCGAGAAAACGUUAAAGGUGCGGGGGCUCGCGGUGGAAUGCUCGAUACCGCUCUCCCGCAGUAUGCCGACUGGGCCCGCCGUUCGAGGGCGCGCCAAAAGACGCUAGCCAGAUGCCAAUGGGAAAAAAUACGGACAACCGUCGAGACGGUGUAUAAUCGUCUCAUCUUGGAGGGCCUGUUGAGGCGGAAACCGAUUCCGCCAAGCCGGGAUGGGAGGCGUAUACCGCUGAAGCCGGGGUUGGCGAGACAGAGAGCACUAAAGGACGAGCGGACCGGCCGCCCGUACGUCUCUAAUUUCAUUCGGUCGAGUCGGUACACCGUCUGGAACUUCUUGCCAAAGCAGCUCUUCUUCCAGUUCAGCAAGCUGGCCAACUUCUACUUCCUGGUUAUCGGUAUCCUACAAAUGAUACCCGGGCUCAGCACCACUGGAACGUACACGACCAUCGGUCCACUCAUUGCCUUCGUGGCGCUCAGCAUGGCAAAAGAGGGCUAUGACGAUUACCGAAGAUAUAAGCUCGACAAGCUGGAGAACAGGAGCUCGGCAUGGGUGCUGGACCCCGAAGGCACUAUCCGGAGUGAGCCAAGGAGAACACGGCACAUGUCUUGGGGUCUUUUUAGGAGAGAGAAGCCGUCGGCCGACCCAGAGAUGCAGUCCACCGAAUUGGCGUCGGCACACACCGGAGGUUUCCAGUCUGAGCAGUGGGCGAGGGUCGAGUGGCAGGAUAUCAGAGUGGGAGACAUCAUCCGGCUGCAGCGCGACGAGAACGUGCCCGCCGACAUCGUCCUGCUUCACGCUACGGGUCCAAACGGUGUUGCGUACAUCGAAACGAUGGCCCUGGACGGCGAGACAAACCUGAAGACCAAGCAAGCUUGCCCUCUGCUGGCCAGACACUGCUCCUCGGCCGCUGACCUGGCCGAGCGCGAUGCCGAGAUUGUGUCCGAAGACCCGAAUAUGGACCUUUACAACUUCGAGGGCCGGGCCACCGUGAACGGGGAGACCAUGCCGCUCACCCUGAACGAGGUUGUUUACAGGGGCUCGACGCUGCGGAACACGACACAAGCCGUGGGGCUCGUCAUCAACACCGGCGAGGAGUGCAAAAUCCGCCUGAACGCCAACAAGAACGUCCGCGCCAAAGCCCCUGAAAUGCAGCACAUCGUCAACCGCAUCGUCGUUAUGCUCGUAUUCUUUGUUCUUCUCCUCAGUCUUGGUUGCACAUUGGGCUACAUCUUCUGGCGGAAGCACUACGAAGACCGCGCAUGGUAUCUUCGUCGCGGAAGCGUAUCGCUGGGACAGAUCUUCAUCGCUUUCCUUAUUGCCUUCAACACGCUUAUCCCGCUGUCGCUCUACGUUAGUCACGAGAUCGUCAAGAUUGGCCAGCUGCUUCUGCUCAGCGACAUUGAGAUGUACGAUCCGGUUACGGACACACCAAUGGUGGCGAACACAACCACGAUCCUCGAGAACCUCGGUCAAGUCAGCUAUGUGUUCUCCGACAAGACCGGCACCUUGACCGAGAAUCUGAUGAAAUUCCGCAAAAUGAGCGUCGCGGGGACCGCGUGGCUCCAUGACAUGGACUUGCGGAGGGAGGCCAGGAAGCAAGGGAAAAAGCCAAUGCGCCGAAACACCUCCGAGCGUGCGAAGAAAGGCCACCAGACGUCAUUCGUCAAACGCCAGGCCAGUCUAGACGGACGCGAGACCAUAGACGAGCCUCUUGUCGAGGGACGUCGGUCGGAAGGCGGCUAUAUUCCGAGAACGAGCUCGGUCUCGGGAUGGAGAUCGUCGGUCCACGCCGGGCAAAGUCAGCCAGAGCUCAAAACGGACGACUUGAUGCGCUAUAUGGCCGACAAACCCCACUCGAAUCUCUCCCGCAAGGCCCGGCAGUUCAUCCUCUGCCUGGCUCUGUGCCAUACUUGCCUCCCUGAGACGGGCGAAGACGGCGAGAUCAGCUUUCAGGCUGCCUCCCCCGACGAGUUGGCGCUGGUCGAGGCUGCCCGAGACUUGGGAUGUCUGCUGGUCGACAGGUCCGCGCAGUCCAUGACGCUGCAAGUCCGCGCGGCAAAUGGUUCUACGACAACCGAGACCUACGAGAUCAUGGACGUCAUCGAGUUCAGCAGCAAACGCAAGCGGAUGUCCAUCAUUGUGCGCAUGCCGGACGGCAGACUGUGCCUCUUCACCAAGGGCGCCGACAGCGUGAUCCUGCCGCGCUUACGACAGAAGCAGCUUGCCAUGCAGACCGCCUCCGCCGUCGAACGAAGGGCCAGCGAGCGCAGGAGCGUCGAGCAGGUGAAGGCGCUCCGCCGACAGAGUCUGCAGAGCCCCAAGCGCGACAGCAUGCAUCUUAGGCGGGCACUGGACCGGAAGGAUAGCUGGCGGAGAUCGGCCAUGAUUACGGACGAGGUUGACCACUGGCUCUCUCGCCGCGAGGCCGAGGCCGAGGGCGCGGACGGAGACGGCGAGGCCUACCAGACUCCGCGCCGCUCCCUGGCUGGUGCCCGGUCGUUGGAGCUUUCCCGCUUGGCUGACCCCUUGGACGGUCUGGUGGAUGAUUCCAUGGUUCUCAACGACGCCGCCGUAUUUGAGCGCUGUUUCCAGCACGUCGAGAAGUUCGCCACCGAGGGCCUCCGAACGCUCAUCUUUGGCUACCGCUACCUGGAAGAGAACGACUACCAAGAAUGGAAGGCACUCUAUCACCAGGCGACCACCAGCCUUGUCAAGCGCCAGGAGCGUAUCGAGGACGCGGCCGAGCUCAUCGAAAAAGACUUCGACCUUGCCGGCGCGACCGCCAUCGAGGACAAGCUGCAGCAGGGUGUGCCCGAGACGAUCGACAAGCUCCGGCGCGCGAACAUCAAGGUCUGGAUGCUGACUGGCGACAAGCGAGAGACGGCCAUCAACAUCGCUCACUCGGCGAGGAUCUGCAAGCCCUUCUCCGAAGUGUACAUCUUGGACGCGACGCAGGGCGACCUGCGGGAACGGCUUGCCAUGACGCUGACGGAGGUCAGCCGGGGCGUGGUGCCGCACUCGGUUGCUGUCGUCGAUGGCCACACGCUUUCGGUGGUGGAAGAGCACGACGUCCUCCGACUCCUGUUCUUUGAUCUGGCCGCUAGAGUCGACUCGGUCAUCUGCUGCCGCGCGUCGCCCGCGCAGAAGGCCAUGCUGGUCAAGUGCAUCCGCCACCGGUCGCCGUCCGCCGUGACGCUCGCCAUCGGCGACGGCGCCAACGACAUCGCCAUGAUCCAGGCCUCGCACGUCGGCAUCGGCAUCUCGGGCCGCGAGGGCCUGCAGGCGGCGCGCAUCUCGGAUUACUCCAUCGCGCAGUUCCGUUUCCUGCAGCGCCUGCUCUUCGUCCACGGCCGCUGGAACUACGUCCGGUCCGGCAAGUACAUCCUCGGCACCUUUUGGAAGGAAGUCGUGUUCUACUUGAUUCAGGCGCAUUACCAGCGCUACAACGGCUACACGGGCACGUCGCUCUUCGAGUCCACCACGCUGACCGUCUUCAACACCCUCUUCACCUCGCUGCCCGUCAUCAUCCCGGGCAUCUUCGAGCGCGACCUGUCGGCGGAGACGCUGCUCGCGGUGCCGGAGCUCUACGUCUUCGGCCAGACCAACCGCGGGUUCAACUACGGCCAGUACCUCGGCUGGAUGGCCAUGGCCGCCGCCGAGGCCGCCCUCAUCUACUACUCGGUCUACUACCUCUACGCCGUGCCCUGCCACGCGCCCGUGCCGACCGACCUCUACCCGGCCGGCACGCUCGCCUUCUCGCUCGCCGUCGUCUUCAUCAACCUCAAGCUGAUGUUCCUCGAGGUCCACGACCGCACGCUCCUCCUGCUCGGCGGCAUGGCCGUCUCCGUCGGCGGCUGGUGGAUGUGGAACCUCCUGCUGAGCGGCCUCUUCCGCCACUCGUUCGGGCCCUACGUCGUGCGCGACGCCUUCCUCCGCGGCUUCGGCCGCCAGCCCAUGUGGUGGCUCGUCCUGCUCGUCGUGCUCUCCGCCCUCGUCGUCUUCGAGCUCGGCGUCACCGCCGUGCGCAAGUCCCUGUGGCCCACCGACCGCGAUCUCAUGCAGGAGAUGGAGCACGUCAAGGGGGUGAGGGAGGUCCUGAGGGAGCAUGCGGCCGCGGCGGAUGACGGCGGCGAGGCCGGCGUUGCGGGGUUGGGGGAGGAUGCGGACCGGGCGGGUGAUGGUGGCGGGGCGGGCAAGCCCGGGGACGCGGCGUCGGUGAAGACGUUUGCGUCGGCGCAGUCGUCGAUGCCCGACGCAGCGGCGCCAGACUGGCAGCGGUGGGAGGGCCAGGCCUCGCGCUCUGCGCAUGGAGCGGGUGGGAACGGAGGUGGUGGACGCCUGGCGGGCGAGGAGCGCUAAGUUGCCCCUGGACCAUCGGCGAACUGGCGACAACGAGCUUGCCCACUAGCCCCCUCCCCCCUCCCCUUAUUUAUGACUUGAUGACAUAUAUUUGGUUUGGC